AUGGAUCUGAAAACCUACCUUGCGUCAGAAGACUGGCAGAGACGCCGUUCAGCAGUCCCCCAGCGUGGCCUUACAGAGCCGUCAUUCCACCAGCCUGCUCUUCGGUGGGAUGGUCAUGAUCAGCAUCACCCUCAGAACUAUGAGCGCGAUUCUGGUAACAAUGCGCUCCUGUACUACCAGCAAGUUCAGCCGUCCCCGGAUUUCCAUGGCGGCCACAAUCCACAAGCGCAUGCAGACCAAAAUCACCAGUACAAUCCACAAGCGCAGGCAGACCAUGAAGACCAGUACAACCCACAAGCGCAGGCAGACCAGAAUCACCAGGACAUUCUGGAAGCAGCGCCAUGGCAACCAGAGACGCACCAGGAAACCAUAACUGAAGUUUACGAAGCAGAGGCCCUCGAAGGUUACAAUGAUCCGUACGCUGAACUUGCCCGUCUCGACUUCCUAUUGCCUAACCCGACUCUGCACUUGAACUUCAUCCCAAUGCCGCAGUCAACUCAAGCACCAGGUGCCGCCACGGAGGCAGCAGAUUGGUUGGAGUCUCAGGAACCUCACUUCGUCCCUCAAUAUCUCCACGAUUUCAACGAGAAUGCCCAUUUGCCGCCCAUCGGCCAGGGUCCUUUCUUGCAGUUCUAUGCCAACGACCCGGUGUUCGUCCAGACAGACUCGAACGGAAACCUCUCAGCCAGACACCUUGAGAUUCGUGAUGGGCCGAUUCAGCACGCUCGCUUGGCUCCCACUCCUUCCAACCACGACCUUGGAGGGUUUGUACCCAACCACGCUCUUCAAGGGUUUGCAGAUGCUGGUCAGGAACAUCAUCGCCAACUCGUGAAUUCUCCCAUUCUUGUUCAGCCCUACGACAUUCGCUACCCUCCUCCGCGGGAGACCCUGCCUGCUUUCUCGUAUGGAUUCGCAGAGGAAGAGCAACGUCCUGACGAUCAAGUCUACCCGACCAUAAACAGCGACGUGGAGCAGGUUGCCGAGAACAGAGGCAGAGGCAGAGCUAGAGGCAGACCGAGAGGUAGAGGAAGGAAUAGGACCAACAACAACCGCCAGAACCGACGUCGUGAUCCCGAUGAAGCGUCGCCAGAUCGUCGAUCUCGAUCGCCCACUGUCGCAAACAGCCCCCCUUCCUUCGAGAACCGUCACCGCCCAUGGAGAGCCCAACUAGGCUGA